AUGCUGUUCCAGGUGGGAGGGCAGGGCGCGCGGCCCACCUUCUUCGAGAUGUCAGCCGCGCAGCAGCUGCCCGCCAGCCUCCGCGCCGCCCUCACCUACUCGCUCGGGGUUUUUGCGCUAAGAAGACCAUUACUACACAAAGUUUUAGAUUAUGAAGACGAAUUCUUUGCUUUGUUAAUGGGCGUCCUUGAGUCCCAUAGUCUACGGACAACAGAUGGUUCCUUUUCAGAGUCAUUAUAUGGUCUCAGGAGGAGACCUGUUAAGGUUUCAGUGAAGAGAAAAAGUCCUGGUACAGAAUCCAGUGACAAAGUCUAUGAUUCUGCACUAAGGAAGCGCCAGAAAAUCCUUUCGGUUGUUUUUUUGGUUGUUUUGCCAUAUUUUAAGUCAAAGUUGCAGUCUAUAUAUAACAAAGAAAGGGAAGCCAGGUUGCAGGCAACCCUUUGGGGUCAGGAUGAUGUUAGAUUUGAUGAAGCUGGCUUUGUAUUAGAUCAGGAGCAGACUUCUCAAGCACAGACUGAACCUACAACUGGAGAAGUGUCAAAUUUGACACGUUUUAAAAAGAAUUUUGUGUCACUUAUAGGUGUUUGCUAUCCAUGGAUUCAUGCAACUAAUGAAGGUCUCUCGUUUGCAUACCAGCUCUUGUAUCUGUUGGAUGCUACUGGAUUUUAUAGUCCAGCACUGCAUGUGCUUGGGCUUCAUGUUUGUCGUGCUACUGGACAAGAGCUGAUGGAAUCAUCUUCUAGGAUAUCAAGGAUUAGAAAUCGUGAACUUGAGAGACUUCGUGGUCCUCCAUGGUUCAAGGCUGUGCAACGAGUGUUCCUUAGUUGUGUGUACACAACUCUAGAUUAUGCACAAACCGGUUUAAUUGCUGCAGUCUUCUUUUUCAAGAUGAUGGAGUGGUGGUAUCAAUCUGCUGAAGAAAGAAUGUCAGCUCCAACUGUAUAUCCGCCACCCCCUCCUCCUCCAACUCCGAAGGUUGCCAAAGACGGGAUUCCCUUGCCACCUGACAGGACGCUCUGCCCCCUGUGCUGCCAGAAGCGCACUAACCCCUCUGUUCUUUCUGUUUCUGGUUUUGUUUUUUGCUACAGCUGCAUAUUCAAAUCUGUCUCUCAGGUGGGUGUUCUACAGAUCUAG